CAGUUCAAAGAUAAUCUUUGGAAGAAUAUGUUGGAGUAUAUGAAGAAUAUAGGAUAUUUUGAUAAGAAAGUAGACAAUACAGAUGAAGAAAAUGAGGAUAAAGAGGACGAAAAGGAUGAAGGAGAGAAAAAUAAUGAAAAUGAAGAGAAGGAGGAUGAAGUGGAGGAUGAAAAUGAUAAUAGUGAUUAUGGAAAUGAUGAUUAUAAUAAUAAGGACGAAAAUGAUGAGAAGGAUUG